CUUGAGUGCGGGUGUAGAGACUCUCGGUGGCGGUGUGAUGCACCACGGUUACAACGCGGGUUUUCUCUCCAUGCUGUCAAUACUCGUACCGUAAAUAGCACGGUAGAACAGUUUUUUUGUGCCUGGGCUGAUCCCUUGUGGUGCAUGCAUUCCCGGUAGUACAUGUUUGGUUGUCUGGGCUGUUGUUUGGGUUUGUUCGUUGGCCUUGUAAGAAGUCAUUGUUUUGAGUGUUGGCGUGUUUGCGCGCCAAAAGGGACGUGGUUUUUUUGCCGCGGUCGUGUGAAUUUCCACUCAAAAGUGUUUGCAUUAUUAGUCAUUUACGGUCAGUCUCCGGAAUAUUUCUUGAUAGUUGCGGAAGUCAGAUGCCGUAAGAUGUGGAGAUACAUUUUUGGAGGAUCUCGCUUACAUGUUGCUUUUUGUUGGUUAUUGUGUUGCGUUUAGUUGAUCGUGUCGCGACAUCCCUCGCUGUUACGCUAGCAGAUCACCGCCUCAACAAGCGACGUCACAUGCGGAAUAGCGGGAUUAGUUCCGAGAAAAUUGUGUUUUGAUUUUAUUGCGGAUUGUUGUUCAUUUUAUUUCUCAUGUCGCGAGUUUGACGGCAGUUUCCUUGCUAUAUUCGCAUAUCCACCCCCUAAAAAAAUCGACGUCAGAUGCGGGAGAGGGGAGAGAGAGCGGUAACAAAUUUUAGGAUGUUGGAUGUUGUGUUAAGUUUGCUACUUGUGUUGUCUGGUUUUUCUUGUUCUUCUUUCUCUUGUUGCCAUGUCGUGAGUUUGGUGGCGGUUCUCCUUGUUAGCUUAGCGUGUCCACCCCCUCAAAAAUCAACGUCAGAUGCGGGAGAGGGAGGGAGAGAGAGCGAGCGGUACCAAAUUUUGGGAUCUUGUGUUUAGUUGGCUACUUGUCUUGUCAGUUUUUUCCGUGUUAUUUUUGCUCUUGUUGCCAUCUCGUGAGUUUGGUGGUGGUUUUCCUUUUUAGCUUAGCGUGUCCACCCCUAAAAACGAGAGCCGUAUUUUUGGAGACCCAGAUGCGAGAGUGGGAAUCUCAGAUCGCCGCUCGAAGUAUCCUUCUUCCAACCGUGUGCUUGAGAUCGGCAGGCAGCCUUGCGAAGAGGACCCAUGGAGCACGCCCCGCUGCGUUCGGUGUUAUUGUGGGCCAAUUUUCUUGUCUAAACACGUAGCGUGUACAGGGGAACCGAGGGCUCUAGACUCUCUGCCGUCGAUUUCAAUUGGCUUGCGGACCCUUCGGGUCCUUUUUAUCUAAGUGUACCUCAUUUUAGGGUGAGUUAGCCUGUGACCGCGGGGGGGAAUCGACCGGUCAAUUGAGAUCAUUGAGAUCAUUGCGGACAGAUGAAGGUACUGGGUAGAGAUUUCGGAACAGUUCUAUGGUGUGAAGACAACAUUACCAAAGAUCUGAAACUGGUGCACUUGAGGCGCCCGCCACCAUUCAAAGGUGGCCGGGCUUGAGUUCCGAUGAUUCCGUCUCACGAGCAAUCGACGCGCACGAUUGGCAAGGGAUCUUCCUGGAAUAUUGCAAAACCGC